UUCACGGAAACACUACUAAAUAGCAGUUGAAGUGGGCAUGAUUUAUAGAAAACUUAAUUUUAAACGGACCCGAAAGUCGCGGGUGUCAGCUAGUUUAAAUAUCACUAAUCACUAAUAUUAUAAAGGCGAAAGUUUGUGUGUGUGUAAGUACGUUUGUUCCUCUUUUAAGGUGCAGCUACUAAUGCGAUUUGGCUUAAAUUUGGAAUAGAAAUAUAUUUUACUCUGGAUUAACACAUAUGCUACUUUUCAUCCCGGAAAAAUCCAAGGAUCCCGCGGGAUUUGUGAAAAACUGAAUUCCGCGCGGAUGAAGUCGCGGGCGUCCGCUAGUAAUUUAAUAAAGAAUUUAGUAAUAAUUUUAAGUUUUAUUUUUACAAAGCAACUGCACCCUGUGGAAGACAGACACCAGUCCAGCGUGUAGAGCCGUCAUGAUGGGGCUUGACGCUAUGAACAUCAGCCUCACCGAAGUGGACGUGGACAUGGACCAAGCCGAACACCGAUCACCUGAAAUAGUUGCAAUGAAUCCCCUGCAAACCUUGCCAAUUCUUAAAGAUAAAGAGCUUAUACUAUACGACAGUCACGCAAUAACAAUGUACAUAGCAUCCCUUUAUUGUGAGGAUACAAAAUUACUACCUUCUAAUCCGGCUAGUCGAGCAUUAAUUGAUCAACUAUUCCAUUAUGAUGGUGGAAUUCUUUACCCACAUUAUCGCUCUUGUGCUUACCCUAUUUUAUAUGAAAACUGUCGCUUCGUAAUGCCGCAACAAACGAAAGAGGUUGAAUAUGCAUACCAAGAACUUGAAACGCUGUUGAAAGGCCGAUCGUGGUUUAGCGGCACUUACAUGUCCCUUGCAGAUAUCGCUAUUGUGGCUACAGUCAGCACAUUGAAUGUGUUGGUGCCGGUGAACAAAGAAAGGUAUCCUGUGUUGUUUAGUUGGAUGUUUCGGAUGUCUCAAAAACCAUUUUAUACGACAGGGAAUCUUAAAGGCCUUAAUGAAUUUACCAAAAGAAUAGACACCGGUAAUGUAAAAGACUUGCAAGAAUUGAAGAAAAGUCCGCGAUCUUCAGUUACGAGACGAUCAACAGGAGGCAAAUUGGUUGAUAAUUAAUAUAAAAAUAAAAAUUUAUUAGAAA